GUCCUCUCUCGGCCGAUCACGAUGACGGGGUUGGGGGAAGCAUUGGAGCACGCUGGUGGGACCGGCAGAGCCGACUCGGGUAUCUCGAUCCAGACCUUUCUUGCGUCGCUGGCGACGGCUAUCAUCGUUUUCGUGGUCGAAUUCCUGCUCUUCCUACUACUCAAGGGCAAAUUGACCCGCAUUUAUCAACCACGAACUUAUCUAGUCCCAGAUCGAGAACGAACCAAACCAUCACCACCGGGUCUCUUCCGCUGGAUUGGCCCGGUGUUUCGAACUUCCAGCUCAGAAUUCAUCCAAAAAUGCGGCCUAGACGCAUACUUCUUCCUAUGCUAUCUGCGGAUGCUAUUAAAGAUCUUCGUCCCUCUUGGGCUGUUGAUUCUACCCGUCCUCCUUCCAAUCAACCGUGUUGGUGGAAAGGGCACAACUCGCAAAAAUGCGACAGACUCGUCGUCCUCGUGGAACGUGUCUGGCUUGGAUCAGCUGGCCUGGGGAAAUGUCAAACCCGAGCAUACUAGUCGGUAUUGGGCUCACCUUGUCAUGGCGGUUAUUGUGGUUGUCUAUGUCUGCGCUAUCUUUUUCGACGAAUUGCGAGGCUAUAUUCGCUUGCGACAGGCUUACAUGACCUCCCCGCAACAUCGACUUCGUGCAUCUGCAACCACUGUACUGGUUACGGCUAUUCCGCCUGGCUGGCAUGAUGUUGAUUCCCUUGAUGCUCUCUUUGACGUCUUCCCUGGCGGAAUUCGCAAUAUUUGGAUCAAUCGCAAUUUUGAUGAGUUGAACGAAAAGGUGAAAGCGCGACAACAACUCGCGCUCAAACUUGAAUCCGCUGAGACGGAACUUAUCUCCAAGUGCAAACAGGCUGCGCUGAAAAAAUUAAAGGUCGAGGCCAAAAAAUCUGGGAAGAACAAAUCCAAGGCUGAGGAUAAAGAAAAAAUGGCCACUGACCGGCGUGCGGCUGAGAUUGCGAUGGGACCCGGUGUCAGUUCAGGUGAUCCCCAUCAGGCACACACGCUACGCGAAGUACUUCACCGACAACCCGACACACACAAUCGAAACACGUCUGCUGGAUCGCGGACAGACGCAAUCUUUCCUCUCGCAGCUGUUGGUGCUGUUGGCCAAGGUGUCGGCAGAUUGGGCAAGUCGGUGCUGGGGGGCCUGAAGAAGGUUGAGGUUGGCUUUGAUAACACCUUGACCCGGACAGGCGGCUAUGUCGACACUAUGAAUGACACGGCGCCCCCUCGAACAGUCACCCCGACACAGAAUGAUGAAGAUUCCCACACCAACCAAUUUUCUCUUGAACAUCCUUCUUCUGCCACGAAGCUUCCUACUCCAGAGCCUCCAAUUGCCAGCUCUAUGUGCCAGGAUACGCAACAGGCACCGAGGCGUCCGUCUUGGAAGCAGCGACUAUCUUCCCACACCUCGAAACGUUCUGCGCGAGAAGCCGACGAACAUCCUCUUACUGGCCCCGUUACUCCCGUCGAUAACGGACCCCGCCUGGGUUCGGACAAGUCAUUUAAGAAAGCUGAUCAGAAGAUAGACAGCCGGAAGCGUCUUAAAGAGGGUGAUAAGGUCGAAGGAGAGCAAUAUCCCAUCGCCUACAAUGAGGACUUUGAGAACGAAGACUACGGGGAGCCGAUGUGGCAGAAAUACAUUCGCCAAAAAGAUCGGGACACUCAUCGCCUUCCUAUCUUUGGUUGGAGUUGGAUGCCUUCGCUCUGGCUCGUCGGGAAAAAGGUUGAUACGAUCGACUAUUGUCGCAAGGAACUUGCUAGGUUAAAUCUCGAGAUCGAGAUUGAUCAGCAGCACCCAGAACGAUUCCCGCUGAUGAAUUCGGCAUUCAUCCACAAAUGGCACCACGUGUUGUCGAAAUCUCCCCCCGAUGAUGUCAUCUGGGAUAACAUGUCUAUCAAGUGGUGGGAACGCUAUCUGCGCACCUUCGGUAUUAUUACCCUGGUUUGCGCCAUGGUUAUUGGCUGGGCAUUUCCUGUCGCCUUCACCGGCCUUCUCUCUCAAUUGGCGUACCUGGAAGGGACGUUUCCAUGGCUGGCUUGGAUCAGCAAGCUGCCGAAUUGGUUUAUAUCUGCCGUUCAGGGUGUUCUACCCGCUGCUUGUUUGGCCAUCCUGAUGGCACUCCUACCCUUGAUUCUACGGUUUUUGUGUCGGACUCAGGGUCUGCAUACGGGUAUGGCCGUUGAACUGACAGUUCAGAACUACUACUUUGCAUUUUUGUUUGUCCAGCUGUUCUUGAUUGUCACGAUCGCAUCCAGUUUCAGUACAAUCGUCGACAAUGUUGCUAACGUGACCAGCUGGCCGCAGCUGUUGGCCAACAACAUCCCCAAGUCGAGCAACUACUUCUUCUCCUACAUGAUUCUUCAAGCCAUGUCUGUGAGCGCCGGUGCGCUUGUGCAAAUCGUUCAUUUGAUUAGCUGGUUUAUUCUUGCUCCCAUCCUGGACAAAACUGCUCGGAAGAAGUGGGCUCGGACGACCAACCUGAAUCAGAUGCACUGGGGUACUUUCUUCCCCAUGUACACGACGCUUGCCUCUAUUGGGUUGAUCUACUCCGUGGUUGCACCCCUGAUUCUAGUGUUCAACAUCAUCACAUUCAGCUUGUUCUGGUUCGUAUAUCGAUACAACACGCUGUACGUCACAAAGUUCCGCUUUGACACUGGCGGUCUUUUGUUUCCUCGCGCCAUCAGUCAGCUCUUUACUGGAUUGUACGUCAUGGAACUGUGUUUGAUCGGCUUGUUCUUCCUGGUCGAGAAUGAGAAAGGUGAAUUGGCCUGCAAAGGCCAGGGCAUUAUCAUGAUUGUCGUUACGGUUUUGACCAUCGGAUAUCAAAUCCUUCUGACCGACGCAUUCGGGCCCUUGAUUCGGUAUUUGCCCAUCACCUUGGAAGAUGAAGCCGUUCGUCGGGACGCAGAGUUUGAGCGUGCUCAAUACGCCCGGCUUGGACUUGCCAUUGACGAUGGGGAAGGAGAUAAUGAUCAUCACGAGAGCAGCCUCGCCAAAUUAGAACAACAAGAACGUGACCAGGGUCAUGAUGAAGAUGAGCGAGGUCGAGAUAUCGAGUUGAAUAAUUUGGAAGCGGAUCGAAGGGCUCAUCUGAAUCGCAACAACUCGAGUGGCCUACUUUCGACUCCCCGAAGUGGCACCAAGCGACCAUCGUGGGCCGAUCGCUCCCCUAAUCGAAGGUCCAAGUUUUUUGGGGUCAAUACAGCCACCGCCAGUCCGACUAUCCAAGCCCUGCGCGAGAAGAUGGCACACGAUACGGAGGCCCAGGGGCCUCCCACCAAUGCAGUCGGCCAUGCUCUAUUCGAAGGCAUCCAUGACGAGCUGGAGGAUCUGACACCUGAUGAACGUGACCAACUGGUGCAACGUGCCUUCCAACACGAAGCCCUCCGCGCCAAGCGCCCAGUCGUCUGGAUUCCUCGUGAUGAUUUAGGAGUCAGUGACGACGAAAUCUAUCGGACCCAGCGUUUCAGCAAGCACAUCUGGGUGAGUAAUGAGUACCAAGCCCUAGACGGCAAAUGCCGCACGAUCUUCAGUCGCAGCCCACCAGAUUUUUCCGAGGUGGACUUGAUUCAGUUGUGA